UUAAUACAUGCUAUAAAAUGGUGGGUAAAAAUGGAACACGAUAUUGAAUCGGGUGAGGAAAUACAAGAUGCAAUAAAGGAUCUGGCAAAAACUCACAUUGCAAAUAUUAUACCUAAUCAUGGAGAUUUGUAUAUUUGA